AUGUCUGAAGACGGGCAGCAGUGCCAGUGGAUCUGGGUAACUUCAAAUAUCUAUUUUUCAGCCACAGAAGAAAGUGAGUCCUGCUUUGUCCAGCCAAAACCACGCGCACUGGGAAGAGAAUCUACUUUGUGUGGCAAAGUACAAAAGGAAAGCCUUCCUCCAUUAGAGAAGCUCAAGAUCUCAGCCGUGUCCACAGCUAAUGGCGUUCAGUUCCUCCCUGAACAGCCUCUGGCAAAGGAGGCUGCAGACCCACCAGGAGCCACAGAGGAAACUCAGCCUCUGGAGGGACUGAAGGGGUCUGAGCCACCUCAGCCAGGUGGCAAAGAUGGUGCUCCAGGAGCAGGAGGAAAGGAGGAGGAUGUGGAAGCAGUGACAGAGGCUCCGCCUUUGAAAGGAAGUGCUGAGACUGAACCUUUAGGAGCGGAAGCCAAGGGUCAGCCUUUGAUAACAGCGGGAGAAAGGGACUCUGUGCAAGGUACUGAGGAUCCACAAGCUGCUGGAGAGAUGACGCCUCUAGGAACAGCUGAGAGAGUUCCUCUGGAAGCAGCCAGAGAGCCAGGAUCUCGAGAAGCUGGGGGAAAGGGUGAGCAGUCCCAACUCCCAGAGACAGUUAUCAAGAAGACAGAAUCUCCGGAGAUAUUGGAAGGCAGUCAGCUUGUGGAAACAGCUCAGACGCAGCAACUUCAAGAAACAGUGGGAGAAGAUGAGCAGCCCCAACUUGUAGAAACAGUUCCCAAGGAGAAUGCAUCUCUGCAAGUAUCGGACGGAAGUCAGUCUGUGGGAGCUGAGGAAAGAAACCAACUUCAGGAGACGCUGGGGAAAGAUGAGCACUCUCAGCUUCGAGAAACGAUGCCCAGAGAGCAUGGCGGACCGGAAGUGUCGGAUGGAAUACUGAGGAUCCACAAGCUGCUGGAGAGAUGA